CCGGCCGGAAGCCCCCUCGGCAGCUGCCAGAUGCCUUCGGGAACUCGAGCCGGCUUCUGCUGGCCACUCCCCCCUUGCUGGCCGGGCGGCCCCACCGGGGAGCGCCCCCCGCCCCAGGGACAGGACAGCCGAGGCCGCCGGGCCCCCCCGAGCAGCGCGCAGAGGACAUGGCCCCCCGGGCGGCGCUUUGGGGGCUCCUGGGCGCCCUCGCCCUGGCAGCCGCGGCGGCUUCCGAGGCGGAGGGGCGCCUGCUGGAAGCGCUCUUCCAGAACUACAGCGCGACGGUGCGCCCGGCCCGCAGCCUCGGCGACAGGGUCCCCGUGCGGAUCGGGAUGUCCCUCUCGCAGCUGAUCAGCGUGGAUGAAAAAAACGAAGAGUUGACAACCAAGGUCUACAUGGAUCUGACGUGGACGGACUACCGCCUCACCUGGGACCCUGUCAAUUAUGAGGGAAUCACUUCCGUCAGGAUCUUUUCUGACAAAGUCUGGCUCCCAGAUAUAGUCCUCAUGAACAACAACGACGGCGGUUUUGACAUUUCUCUGAUGGUGAACGUCUUGGUGAACAACCAGGGCGUCCUCCAGUGGCAGCCGCCUGCUGUGUACCGGAGUAGCUGCAGCAUCCAGGUCACCUACUUCCCCUUCGACUGGCAAAACUGCACCAUGGUCUUCCGCUCGUACACCUACGACUCCUCGGAGGUCACCCUGCUACACCCGCUGAAGGAGGACGGGCAAGAACUGAGAGAGAUCGUCAUCUAUGAGAACACCUUUAUCGACAAUGGUCAGUGGGAGAUCCAGCACAAACCGUCCCGCAAGAACACCCUCCCCGGAGACCCCCUGUACGAGGACAUCACCUUCUACCUGAUCAUCAGCCGCAAGCCCCUCUUCUACCUGAUCAACGUCAUCAUCCCUUGUGUCUUGAUCUCCCUCCUGGCCAUCUUUGUCUUCUACCUGCCUCCAGACGCAGGGGAGAAAAUGACGCUCUCCAUCUUCGCCCUCCUCACCUUGACGGUGUUUCUCCUCCUGCUGGCUGAUAAAGUCCCAGAGACAUCCUUGGCAGUCCCCAUCAUCGUCAAAUACCUCAUGUUCACCAUGAUCUUGGUCACCUUCUCCGUCAUCCUCAGCGUGGUGGACUUGAACCUGCACCAUCGCUCCCCCAACACCCAUGAGAUGCCCUUCUGGGUGAGGCAGAUUUUUAUCCACACGCUUCCUCGGUAUUUAGGGCUGCGCCGUCCAAAGCCAGAAUCCACCCUCAAGCCGCUCCCCCUCCCCCCCAAGCAGGAGCCCCCGGUGAAAAGCAACCGCCGUGUAGAUGAGUAUUUCCUGCGCACUCCGGCCUGCGAUUUCCUCUUCCCCAAACCUAACAGGUUUCAGCCGGAGGUGUUCUCUGCGGACAUGAAGAAAUUCAUCGAGGGCCCUAGCCACAGCCUGGCCCUUCCUCCGGACCUGAAGUCCGCCGUGGAGGCGGUCAUGUAUAUUGCCGAGCAGCUGCAGGAGCAAGAAGAUUAUGAUGCGCUGAAGGAGGACUGGGAAUACGUGGCCAUUGUGGUGGACCGCAUGUUCUUCUGGACCUUCAUCAUCUUCACCACCGUGGGCACCCUCACCAUCUUCCUGGACGCCAGCUAUCACCUGCCCCCUGAGAAUCCCUUCCCUUGAGUCCCUGGCCGUCUUCUCCUUGCCUUUCCAGCAGCAAAGACCUCCAAAUUUCAUCAGAGAAAACUCGGUUGCCUGAACAUCUGCAGUGGACUCAAAGUGGACACAAAAGCUCCCUUGGGCUUUUGAUCUGCAUUAGAAGGGGGCUGUUGAGGAACGGCUAAUGUUCAUUUCGGGUUAUAGGCAUUAUUGGACCUUGGGACCCAAAGAGCUCGUGCCAGGUUAUUCCAAUGUGUGGGUCAAAGAAGACGGGCGCUCCAGCUCCAGCAAACCCAUCCACGGAUCCAAACGGUGUAUAAAUAAUUGCCUCACAAUUUCUUUGAUCGUCGCAUCACUUAGAAAAUAGGUUGUUUCCCCUUGCUGUUAUGGACGUAUAACCGACGUGCCAGAAUGAUGCGGAGUGAUCCCAUUUGGGCUAAGUGAACUUCUCAGUUACAUCGUGGGUUACUGAGUCGCGACCACAUUUACUGCCAAUUUACUCAGCCAGCAGAUUUUGAUAGACACUGUGACAUACCAAAGAGGAGAAUAAAGACAGCUCUGCUCUACAGUUCAGUUCCACUGCUGUCUCACCGUCCUCCUAAGAAACUCAGAGAAGCACGAAUGGUUAUUUUUCCUUAUCCUCCAAACUAGAAGAAGAAGAAGUAGAAGAGUUUGGAUUCAUAUCCCCCCUUUCUCUCCUGCGGGAGACUCAAAGGGGCUGACAAUCUUCUUGCCCUUCCCCCCUC